GAGCGGCGGCGUCGGCGGCGUCGGCGGCGGGGGCGACGGCGGCGGGGGCGGUAAUGGCGGAGCUGGUGCAGGGGCAGAGCGCUCCUGUGGGGAUGAAGGCCGAGGGCUUCGUGGAUGCCCUGCACCGGGUCCGGCAGAAAGCCACAGGAGUCAUUGUAUUAGAAGAAGGUCUUCACUUGGGCGCUUGAAGAUAUGGUCUUUACAUCUCUUUCCAGUAUUCCAGGGGAGGGAACCCUACCUGUUUCCCUGAUACUGACUUUUCAUGUUAUAUAUUGAUGCUCCUAUAGACAUUAUAUUGGAUCCCAGAACUUUCCAAACCUGUGGUUCCACCUAAAAUUUUAUCUGAUGAAUUGUUACUUUACUGCCUAGGUGCCAACCAGUACAGUAGUGAGUAUCCAUCUUACUUAGACUUCAGAUCCACCCAUGGCUGUAAUGGAUGAACAUGCCACCCAGCUCCCCUUCCACCACUCUGCUUGCUGGCGUGUUACAGUGCUCUCCUCUACAGUACAGGGUCCUGAACCUUGUUUCUCACUGGCUACUAAUAUGUAAUGGCUUUCGCUCUGUGCUGAUGUGUGACAGUCACCUUGUUGGCCUUCUAUGUCCGGGAAGAAUUAUAGUCACUGCCCUAAAGGGCUCAGAUCCUCAGUUUGCAGAAGGCCUGUAGUUGAACAUAAAGUGAAUUUUGAACCAUUGAGAAGACAUUCCGCUUCUCUUGAGCCAGUGGUUGAACUCAUAUUCUUGGACAACCUGCUCCAGAGGGAGACCCUCUGGUAAAUGCUGACCUAAUGUGGAUUGUUGAAGCAGUGGUGUUUACUACUAGCAGUGAAAACUUCAUUGGAAUUGUUCUCAGCUCUGAAAUGCACCAUUGACUGGAGCAGUAAUAAGCCCAAUGGAGACAGGGCUGUAAGUGUGUUCCUUCUGAAUGUUAACAGCUGGAGGUCCAUACUAUCUCCAAGGAUUUGAUGGCCUUUAAAAACUAAAGAAAAACCAGAUUGCUGCUAAAAUUGAUUCAAUUCCUCACUUGAAUAAUUCCACACCUCUAGUGGACCCCUCAGUAUAUGGAUACGGAGUACAAAAACGGCCCUUGGAUGAUGGAGUAGGUAACCAGUUAGGGGCCUUGGUACAUCAAAGGACGGUAAUAACGGAAGAAUUCAAAGUGCCUGACAAAAUGGUUGGAUUUAUUAUCGGCAGGGGAGGUGAGCAGAUUUCACGGAUUCAAGCAGAAUCUGGUUGCAAAAUUCAGAUUGCUUCAGAGAGUUCUGGGAUUCCAGAGAGGCCCUGUGUACUUACCGGAACCCCAGAAAGUAUUGAACAAGCCAAACGGCUCCUGGGACAGAUUGUGGACCGCUGUCGAAAUGGACCUGGCUUUCAUAAUGACAUAGACAGCAACAGCACAAUCCAGGAGAUUCUCAUUCCCGCAUCUAAAGUGGGUCUGGUCAUCGGCAGAGGAGGGGAAACAAUCAAGCAGUUGCAGGAGCGGACAGGGGUGAAGAUGGUCAUGAUCCAGGAUGGCCCAUUGCCCACGGGAGCAGACAAGCCUCUUCGUAUCACUGGAGAUGCAUUUAAAGUACAGCAAGCAAGAGAAAUGGUACUAGAGAUUAUCCGAGAAAAAGACCAAGCUGACUUUCGGGGUGUACGCGGCGAUUUCAACUCUCGAAUGGGAGGAGGCAGUAUAGAGGUAUCUGUGCCUAGGUUUGCUGUGGGGAUUGUAAUAGGAAGAAACGGGGAAAUGAUCAAAAAGAUCCAGAAUGAUGCCGGUGUGAGGAUUCAGUUUAAACCAGAUGAUGGGAUUAGUCCAGAAAGAGCUGCCCAGGUCAUGGGCCCUCCGGAUCGGUGUCAGCAUGCAGCGCAUAUCAUCAGCGAGCUGAUUCUUACAGCCCAGGAAAGAGACGGCUUUGGAGGCCUGGCAGCAGCCAGAGGAAGAGGUCGUGGCCGUGGCGACUGGAGCGUGGGAGCCCCUGGUGGCAUCCAGGAGAUAACAUACACGGUGCCAGCCGAUAAGUGUGGCCUCGUCAUAGGCAAAGGGGGUGAGAACAUCAAAAGCAUCAACCAGCAGUCAGGGGCGCACGUGGAGCUUCAGAGGAACCCCCCUCCCAACAGCGACCCCAACCUGCGGAGAUUCACCAUCAGGGGGGUUCCCCAGCAGAUCGAGGUGGCCAGGCAGCUCAUAGAUGAGAAAGUUGGCGGGACCAAUCUCGGAGCACCUGGAGCCUUCGGACAGAGUCCAUUCAGCCAGCCACCUGCCCCACCUCAUCAAAAUACCUUUCCUCCAAGGAGCUCCGGGUGCUUCCCAAACAUGGCUGCCAAGGUGAACGGGAACCCCCACAGCACCCCUGUGAGUGGUCCUCCGGCCUUUCUGACCCAGGGCUGGGGCAGCACCUACCAGGCGUGGCAGCAGCCCACACAGCAGGUCCCAAGCCAGCAGAGCCAGCCGCAGAGCAGCCAGCCCAACUACAGCAAGGCCUGGGAAGACUAUUACAAAAAACAGAGUCACGCCGCCAGCGCUGCUCCUCAGGCCAGCUCCCCACCGGACUACACAAUGGCCUGGGCAGAAUAUUACAGACAGCAGGUCGCUUUCUACGGACAGACGUUAGGGCAGGCGCAGGCCCACAGCCAGGAGCAGUAGGACAGCGUCCUCGUGGCCAACUCUCCCCUCAAAAUCAUUGUCAAAGAAAACCUAUUUGUAACAGAGGUUUUUACAUUUGCAAACCUUUUGAUGAAGAACUGUUGUUUUGUUCUGUGAAACACUAUAUUUAGAUUAACGGAAUUUUUCUAAAAAUCGGGAAAAUUAGUUACUAAAAAUUGCUGAUCAUUUUUGUUUCAUUAUUUUUGUUAUUUCAAAUGUAUAAGCUCUGGGAUUCUUUUUGGAGCAAUACCUACAAAGUCAGGCACCAGAAUGUGCCUCAGAGCUGUGACAUUUCAACAUGAUGGUUUUGGUUUGGUUUUGUUUUGUGUCCUUUUUAUUUGCAGUUUUUUCUGUUGCAACAGAAAGUGGCUUGGAAGUCUUAGGUGGUAUGUAACAAAUUCUUUUUAAAAAUUUUAAAGCAGUAUUUAAGUAUUCUUAAAUGUGUAAAUUCAUUUAAUGUUUUACUUCUAAUUUCUUGUAUCUUGGCUGUCUGGUUUUAUUGCAUUUUUUAAAAAACUGAACUAUUAUGUAUUGUAAUGAAUGAUGUGAAUUCUGAACUGAGACAGAUAAUUGUAUUGCUGUCCAACAGGGGUUGGGAGGGGCAUUUUGUAGGGUUUGUAUAAUUUCUAGAGUUCGAAAGGGGUAAUAUAAAAAUGUGCUCGUGUGUUUAGCAUACGUUUUUCUCAUGUCUCCAUUACCAGUUGCAAUUGUGUAUCUAAGACCUCCAAGCUUGUUUUUAAAACAAAACAAAAAACCUUUCUCUAUUAUCUCAGAAAUAUAAAUACUGUUAUUUUUAAUAUUAAGAAAUUCAAUAUAACUUUUAACACACACUGUGGAACAUUAAACCGUAUAAAAAUGUAGUUAUAACUAUUUUUAAUUCCAAGGUGUUGUUUGCUUUUUUCUUUUAAAUAUUUUCUUAAUAUUUUGUCAGAUUAACUAGAUGAAUAAAUAAAUCUAGUAUUAACGGCAUUAUGAAUUAAAUAAUUUUGAUUUAAUGAAAGGGAUAAUAUGAUUUCCAGUGUUUACUGUAGUGUAUCUUGUACAGAUAACAUGUAUUUUUAAAGGAAAAAAAACGGAAUUGAAGCUAUUUUUUCUUGCAUUUCUAAUUGACCUGAGGGACAUUCCGUUUGAAAUGUACUGAAGUUACAGUUUCUGGUUUUUUCUCCUUAUUUUUCUUAUAAUGCUUGAAAUGUCUAACUAUUAAAAAAGACAAUUGGAAAAUGUUAUGCAUGGGGUUUUUAAGAAAACAAAGUGUUCUUUUUAUUUGACUGACAAUUCAUUUUACACUCUAUAUAAUAAAAUCUCCACAAGGCAUCUUGUGGGCAAAGUC